AGUCUAUCCCCUCUUUCCAUCUCUGAACUCUCCUCUUCCUCUGCGGCUGCGAUUCAUAUCUUCCCAAAUCUCUCUCUCUCUCUCUAUAAAACCCGCCGCCGCAAGUCGCGCCGCCGCCACCACCAUGCCCGUCGUUAACCCUUUCUUCCAACAAUGCCCCUCCGCCUCCCUCUCUACCUUCUCAUCUCCCUCUCAUUCCUCGUCUUCUCUUCGCGUCUCUGUCAAAUUCACAGUUUCUUGUUGCAUUCUGGAGUCUCCAGUCACUGUGGUCAAUGGAAACAUAGACCAGAGAGUUCCUGACAGGGAGGAAAUUCGUCUCGGCUUGCCUAGCAAAGGUCGAAUGGCCUCUGACACUCUCGAUCUCCUCAAGGAUUGUCAAUUAUCGGUCAAGCAGGUGAAUCCUCGGCAGUACGUGGCUGCGAUUCCUCAGCUCUCAAACCUGGAAGUUUGGUUUCAGCGGCCAAAAGACAUUGUACGGAAAUUAGUAUCAGGGGAUCUAGACCUUGGUAUUGUGGGUCUUGAUACAGUUAGUGAAUAUGGGCAGGGGAAUGAAGAUCUAAUUCUUGUUCAUGAUGCACUUGAGUUUGGAGACUGCCGUUUAUCCUUGGCAAUACCCAAAUAUGGGAUUUUUGAGAAUGUAAACUCAAUGAAGGAGCUAGCGCAAAUGCCUCAAUGGACACCCGAGAAACCUCUGAGAGUUGCCACUGGUUUCACUUAUCUGGGUCCUAAAUUUAUGAAGGAAAAUGGAGUGAGGCAUGUUACUUUUUCAACUGCUGAUGGAGCAUUAGAGGCAGCUCCUGCGAUGGGAAUAGCUGAAGCUAUUGUGGACCUUGUGAGUAGUGGAACCACAUUGAGAGAGAACAAUUUAAAAGAAAUUGAAGGUGGAGUUAUAUUGCAAAGUCAGGCUGUCCUUGUUGCUAGCAGGAAGUCCUUGACCCAACGGAAAGGUGUAUUAGACAUCACACAUGAAAUUCUUGAAAGAUUGGAGGCACAUUUGAGGGCAAUUGGACAGUUUACGGUUACUGCAAACAUGAGGGGAAGCAGUCAAGAGGAGGUGGCGGAGCGAAUACUGAGCCAAACAUCAUUAUCGGGCUUGCAGGGGCCAACUAUAAGUCCUAUUUUUUGCAAACGUGAUGGGAGAGUAGCAGCAGAUUACUAUGCCAUAGUCAUAUGUGUGCCCAAAAAGUUGCUUUACAAGUCUGUCCAACAGCUGAGAGCAAUUGGAGGUAGCGGAGUUCUGAUUUCACCUCUGACCUACAUUUUUGAUGAAGAAACUCCACGAUGGCGCGAACUCCUUUCGAAAUUAGGGCUCUAGUCAUUUCUUUUUGUGGAAUGCCUUGGGUGGUUUUGCAUUCUGUGGCACAAACAUGUUGAAGAAACGGAACUCGUGCUUUUAAAGAAUUAGAGAAUUUGCAGGUGUAGAUUGGGCAGCAGCUUGUGACGUUAGAGAAAUUUCCAUGUCGUGAUUUUUUUUUUUAUGUAUAAAUUGAACUUUUUGCAUCUUUUCGAUGCUAGUUCAAUUUUUUUUUAAUUAGUGUUCUGUCUCUCUCCCUCCCUCUCUAUCCUGUUGUAGCUUGUAACCAUAAUGUUUUUCUUAUCAGCAUUUGGAGUCUGGUGUGCAUUGCAUAAAAUCCAAUAUAAUCGGGACCUAUAAGAUAAA